CAGUGUACCAUAAAACAUCAUAAAAUGAAGCACAGUGCAUCGUGUAAUGGUGGCCAUUAGGGGUAAUAAUUAUGUAUAUUGGCAUACUUAAUGCUUCACGGACCAUCAAAGAUACAUCUAAAAAGAGACUUCGAGACGUUUUCUCGGUGUUGAGUGCACAAUAUGUGAACUGAGGAUGUUUCGUGAUAUGUGAGUGUGACAAGGUGGUCCAGUCCAGUGUAAAUAAUCUUUUGCACCCGAAUCAUGGCCCAGAACCAAGGGGAGGUUCAAGUGGGAACACCGAGCCAACCCGUGAAAGAUAAAGAUAUUUAUGCGUUGUUGCCUGAUAUGCGAUUGAAUGGUCCGCUUGGACCAGAUGAAUCUUGCCCUGGUGGUGAAGAACUACGUUGGUUACCCGCUCAAGCGACUGACCGCGACCUGGUAAUGUACUUGCGCGCCGCGCGCUCUAUGGCUGCGUUUGCUGGCAUGUGCGACGGAGGCUCACCUGACGACGGUUGUGUUGCUGCGAGUCGCGACGAUACUACUAUUAACGCUCUUGACGUCCUUCACGAUUCAGGCUACGACCCUGGUCGCGCCCUACAAGCCCUAGUCAAGUGCCCCGUUCCAAAAGGAAUAGAAAAAAAGUGGUCUGAGGAAGAGAUUAAACGAUUUGUUAAAGGUAUUCGUCAAUUUGGUAAGAAUUUUUUUAAAAUAAAAAAAGAUUUAUUACCCCACAAAGACACUUCGGAAUUAGUAGAGUUCUACUACUUGUGGAAAAAGACACCUGGUGCUAGUAGUAACAGGCCACAUAGAAGAAGACGACAAACAUCAUUGCGGCGUGUUCGUAAUACGAGAAAUUCGCGCGCGGGCACACCUAAAGAACAGACUCCUGAAGCUACUCCAACAGUGCCUGAAACUAACGGUUCUAGACCACCAAAUCUUAAAGAGGCUGGAGAAAUGAGUUCUGUUACUGAAGAUGAAAAUUCUGAAGAGGAUAGCGACUCCAGAGACGCAGGUGAUCUUGCUAAAGCAGACACUGGUAGGACAGGUGACAAUCCUGAAGAUUCUCCCAGCAGAAUGAGAACUAGAAAUAAGUCUAAAGAACAAACCACACCUAAUGGUAAAAAAGGACAAGAUGAAAGUGAUAAUGACUCAAAAUUGAAAGCAAAGCCUAGCAAACCAAAUGCACAAAGUACAAACAAUAAUAUUGCAGAUAAAGUUCUCUCAUCCCCUGGUGGAAAAGAUGCUAAAAAGAAAGUUACAAAUGGCAAAGUUGAUGUGUCAAAGGUAAAGAAACGACUUCCGGACGAUUCUAAGAAUGAUGGCAUUAUGGAUGGUGAUGUCCAAUUGAAGAAGAAAAAGCCUGUGGAACCUCCUGACAGCCCUGCAGAGAGUCUAACAAACGAUAGUUUUUCUGCAAUGGACGAAACUGAAACUGCUGAACCUGAGCCAGAAGUUUGUGAUUUCAGCUUUAAUAAGACUGAUAAAGAGAACAGUGAACAAAUCAAAGAACCUGAACUGGAACAGCCACCUAAACUUAUAGAGUCACAUGUAAAAACAGAAUGCAAUCCCGAGUCUAGUACCAAAGCUGAAAAGGAUACCAUCGCUCCAGUUUUCAAAGUUGCAAGUGAAAAAGAUGAUAGAGGUGUUCUAGAUUUGAAAGCAGAAACAGUCACUCCUAAAAGUACAGAUAAUAUUGAGCCUAGACCACACACAAUUCAAAAUGCAAUAUUCCCAAAAACAGAACUUAUUAUUCCAAAAGUUACACCUAUGUCCACUGAAAACAUAGAGAAAAUCAAAAUAAAAGAAGAAAUAGACACCGAGGAGCAAACCUUAAAUAUGCAAAAGAAUGAAUUUUUGAAAGACCCUCUAUCACACAAUUUCCCUGGACAUCCCAUUAAUUCAUCAAAGCCGCUUAAUUUAGAAAACACUAACUUCUUUGUCAAAGACAGUCACAUCUACAAUCCAGGGAUAAAACACAGCAUUAAAAUUGAGGGUGUGCCAAAUAAUAUAUUCAAUCCUAUGAAUAUUACAAAGGAUAAUUCUAUCAUAAGAAGUGCAAAAGAUUUUCCAGGGGGAAUGCCACCGUUUUCGUAUCCACCUAACAUUAAUUUUGCUGGUGAUCCUAAUAAACAUAACCCAUUGAUAAACCCUUUGAAAACUGUUAUUAAAUUAGAGCCUAGAGAUGAAGCCAGCGAUAUGAAGAAUCAAAAUACACCAGAAAUCUUUACAGCUACAAUAUCUACAGGUAGUAAAGUUGAUUCUCCUAAUGCUCCACGGUUAGACACACUGCAGAGGAUCAGUCCAUCUCCAACAAAUACACGUGGUUUGUCACCACCGCCCAUGGAACAUUCUUCGGCAACAGCAACAGAACCUAUUUCUCCCGCUAACUCGCAAGAAAAGGAAGCUGACUCUGAAGACAAACAAACACAACCUACAGACUUAAAAUCUCAGCCACUGCCUAAAUUAGAUGGUCAGAAUGGUGGUCUGAGACCACCUAUUUUCCCAUCACCAAUACGCCCUGAAAAUCUCGGUGUUAGAGCGACAGAAGCGCCUAGUACCACAGGCUCAGGACAAACCAUGCCCCCUCCGCCACUCAGUCAACCUUCAAUUGCAGGGCUUCUACCACCAGGGCCCUUAAUAUCUGUAGGAGGUGGAUCUGCAGUUGGACCCUAUGGAUUUAUGCCUACUUCACUAUAUGGACACCCUGGUCACCCAGGUCUAGAAAAGCCUGGUUCAUUACCACCGUUGAUACAACAAGUACCACCAACACAUGGUCUACCGGGCAGUAGUUUGAUUCCACCACCAUCUAAUCAAAAUGAUCCAUCUAUGCCACAAGACCUGAAAAUCAAACAAGAAGUUCCAGAUAGCAUGCCAGCUAACCUCUCCACUCAGAAUUCAUCUGACCCUCUACAAUCUCUCAAAGAAGUGAAAGUACAAGGAUAUCCUAUUGGUAGUGCAAUAGCACAGCAUUUAAGCUCUGAAAGAGACAGAGAAUCAAUGUCAAGUGUUGAAAAUAAUAGCAGACCUCCCAGUCAACCAACAAAUGAAAACUCAAAUAUAUCAAGUGCAUUCCUCGGACCAAGAAUAGAUAGUAUUAAGAAAGAGCCUGAUUUUAUUCACCAGCCCCAUCUCCCUCCUGUGUCUACGAGUCAAGUCAGUGGUGCAGAUACUACAUGUACAGCUCCACCAGUGAAGAGUCCACAUACUCCUACUCCAAUUAAAAGUCAACCAAGCAGUACACCAGGACAUGGAUCACAUCCGUCAGCAACUACUUCUCCUUUCACAAGGCAUCUAAACAGCCCGUCACAACCAAGACAAAUAUCAGCUUCACCUGUGCAGCCUAAUACCCCUGUGUCUCAUUCGGCUCUGAAUCUGAUGAAUCCGACGCCACUCUCCAUACCCGUUUCUUUGUCGGGACCUCUGCCUGGUCAACAACAUGGACAUCCGCCUCCACAUCCAUUUGCCUCUCCUCUUCACCAUCCUCAUCAUCCGUUGUUGCAUCCCUCAAUAUUUCAGCUUUCAGCUGCAGCUGCAGCUCAUGCAAUGCACCCUUAUUAUCCACAUCCUCAUCCAGGCUAUUCAAUGCCUUAUCCAUAUCCAUAUGGUCCAUUACCACAGCCACAUCCCAUACCACCCAUGCAUCCGGGAUCAAGCACACCUGGAAGGCACGACCCAGUGAAACCAUCUACAAUUGAAUCGACAACCAUGCUCAGCUCUCACCACAGUACCAGUUCUUCUGUCACUACUAGAUCUCUUAGAGAAAUAUCUGAAAGUUCGGAAGAUCCAAGAAAUCCGAAUGCUACAACUGAAAGACACCAAUUGCACGAAACCACUAUGACACACCACCACUCGACGAGUCAUCAUAGUGCAGUACAUACAAGUACAGAGAAGCAACCUAAUCACGCCGGUGGCGGAACGAAUCAUACGCUAUCUAUUUCCCACUCGACUUCUAGUAGCUCAUCUCAGUCUAUCCAGCACAAGAUAAACACCCAACAGAAAACGAGUUCUCAUUCAAGUUCUCCUCAUCAUCUAUCAGCAAGUGUGUCCCAAACGACUUCAUCGUCAGUCAAUGUAACCAAUAAUCAUACUCAUCAUCACUCGCAUCACCUAGCCCACCAUCCAGAGCGGUUAUCACCUGCAGAUUCUAUGCUUUUACGGCAUCAUCCAAAAAUGCUUCCUGGUAAUCCAAGUCAUCUUAUGAUCCAGCCUCCUUCAAUGGGUCAUCCAAUGGGCUUGGGACUACCGCCUGGUCCGGGACCGAGUUCUAUCGAAAGUUUGCGAUUACAUGCGCAAGCCGCGGCUGGAUUGCAACAAAGUCAUCAAAGAUCUGGAUCACCACAUCAAAUACCACAUGGCCAUCCGCACUUGCGAGCGCCACAAAGACCAAUACCUGAUGAAAAUCCUGAGUUAAAACUUGAAACGCAAUCACAGCCAGAAGAAGAAGAAAUACCGAGCCCAGCGCACAUACCUCAUGGACCAAGUCCUGAACCGAAAAUUGAAGACAGUGAGUGUCACAGAUCACAAUCUGCUAUUUUCUUACGGCACUGGAAUCGCGGGGAUUACAACUCGUGUACGAGAACUGAUCUCAUCUUCAAACCAGUGCCUGAAUCAAAACUUGCUCGCAAACGGGAAGAACGUUUGAGAAAACAAGCUGAGAGAGAUAGAGAGGAAAGAGAAAAGAUAGCACAACAAGCCCACAGAAAAAUUUCAACACCAGAAAAACCAGAAACAAAACCACCAUCGAGAGGAGCUAUUGAAACAAUAACUUCUCCUUAUGACCGAUUUCCACGGCCACCAGGCUACCCUGAUACGCCUGCACUACGGCAGCUCUCGGAGUACGCUAGACCUCAUGCUGGCUUCAGUCCAGGUAAUCUACCUCGGCACUGUAUGGAUCCGAUGCUACAGUAUCAACUGAGUUCAAUGUACGGCGCAGCUGGAGCUAGGGAACGACUCGAACUUGAACACUUAGAAAGAGAAAAACGUGACAGAGAGAUAAGGGAACUACGAGAACGAGAACUGAACGACAGAUUAAAAGAGGAAUUGCUUAAAAAUAACGUUGGUCCUCGAGCUCUCGACCCGCAUUGGUUGGAAAUGCAUAGAAGGUACGGAAUGCCGCCCCCACCGCCACAAGGUGCAAUACCUGUACAAUUCGGAUUGUAUCCUCCUGGUCAUGGGCCACUAUCAUCACAACUGGAACGCGAACGAUUGGAGAGGCUCGGCAUUCCACCAGCUUCGGCUCCCGGCCAGCCACCUAACGUACCAGUGUCCGGCGCAGGUCCUCAUCAUCCACACCAUCCCCACCCAGGCGUAGCAGCCGCUCAGCUUGAAGCGGCCGAAAGACUCGCGCUUGCAGCUGACCCUAUGGUGCGGUUACAGAUGGCAGGCAUAAACCCUGAAUAUCAUGCGCACACGCACGCGCAUACUCAUGCUCACUCGCAUACACACUUGCACUUGCAUCCCGGACAACAAGCUGCAGCGCAAGCGCAACAAGAAGCCUUGGGACUGGGGCUGGGAGCUAGUGCACCAUAUCGGCCUUUGCCCCAUCCGGAUCUAUUGGGUAGGCCUUAUGCAGAACAGUUAGCGCAUCAAGCUGCCGCACAUGAACAGUUUCAACGACAGCUGUUGUUGGAGCGUGAGCGAGGAUUUUUACACCCAGCGCAUCACGAAGAGUUCCUGCGACAACAGCGUGAGCGCGAGUUGAAGGUCCGCGCACUGGAAGAGGCAGCGCGGGCUUCGCGCCCGUAGUUGUCCCCCGCGGCCCGACGCGCCCCGCCCGACGACUCUGUCGUGCUUGUGGAAUGACGUGUUUGUGAAGUGCAAUGUGCUAACGGUGCCGCGACUCCUGAACCUAAACUUUGACCGAAAUGGUUGUAAAAUACCUAAAAAAAUUAUAAAGUGUUCGCCAGAUAUUUUUAAAGUGGAGAACGUAGAAUUACAACUUUUUCAUAAUAUUAUUGUGUGACGAUACGAUAUCUGUAAUUUAUAUUUAUAACUUAAAUAACUAAGUUUUUAUAAUAUUUUUAUAGUUGCAUGGUCUUGUAGUUGUACGCUUAUUUUCCAUGCUCAAAUUAAUUUCUUAUCUACUAGUCAUAAUUAAAAAUUUUAUUCGUCGAAAUUUGAGGAAAUGGGUCACAUGUUUUAAAUACAAACUUGUAAUUUAAAAUUAUUGUUUAUAAUUAUAAUUUUAUGAUGAGACAGUUAACUAACGGUGCUGGUUGACAUUUUUACGAAUGGUUCACUUAACUAAGACACUAUAAACUUUGAUUUAUAUUCAUGACAUAAUAAAGGUAUUUAAUUAAUAUUAAUCUUAAGAUAGUAGGGACUGACUUGCCUUUCUAAUCUACUUGCCUUUUAUGUAACUAAUCCCUAGAAAGAGUUGGACAUUCUACUGUAUAAAAUCAAAUAUUAUAUAUUAUCCUUUUCCGUAAAUUAUAUAUUUUAUCAAAUAACUUAUUUCAGAUAGAUAGUUAUACUCGUAAAGAUGUUAAGUAACUUGUAAGUUUCAGCAAUACAUUUGUUAUAGCAGAAGAGCAUCAGAACAUGCAAUAGGUAUUAUAAAAGUAAUUAGCCUAACAUAUCAAUUACGUUAUGAGAUUACUAUCUUUGUUGAUAAUUGAUAUGUUGCCUUUACUGUUGAUAUUCAUUGAAUGCAAUAACUUGCAUAAUCUGCAAAUAAUAAUUGGCAAUAUUAAUGGGAAUUGCCAGGCCUUGAAAAUAUAAUACAUAAAAUUAUUUAUAGCAAUUGCUUAUUAGUUCCAUGUAACACUUCAUUUGAGUCAUAAAAUUACUAUCUUUUAUUUUUAUAAACGAAGGUUACAAGCUAGCUAUAUUUUGGUGUUGAUUAGGUAAUUUUAUUCGGGGUUCAUUUGCUAAAUUAGUUAAGCACACAAUGGAAAUCAUAAUAUAUUAACUUCAGCAAGCGAUAACGCGCGGUUUGGUAUCGACCUCUCGUUUUGAUAGGAAAAUUUUAAUGCUCCAUUUAGUUCACCUAACCCAUUUACAAUACAAUCGCAUUACUAUUUUGAUUGUAAAUUUAGUAUAAAAUUUAUUACCUGAUUUUGAAGUACCAUUUCACAAAACCAGUUAGUAUCAAACAUUAAACUUAAUCGACAAAUUAGCUCUAGCUUUAAUCUAAACUUGUAAAAUUCUGUGCUAUCAUAAAAAGUUGUUAUGUACAAAUUAAAUACUAUAAUAUAAUUUUCAAUAAUUGUAGUAUCUUCACAAAUGCCUUACUCUGGUAAGGCAUUUCUCCAUCAAUAAUUAUUAACAAUAGUAUUGUAAGGGUUAAAAAAUCGGAUGAUUCUUUUUGAAUCACCAUUGAUAGGUUGUAUAUAAAAUGGACGUUGCCCUCAGCUCGAAAGAUAUCUAAGUAUUUCUAUCAAAUUGUAACUUAAAAUCAUCAUUCAUCUCAUUGUCAGUUGAAAUGAUCAAAAUCUUUAACAAUAUACACUUACUGCAAAGUAAAAUGUUAUUUACUGUAAUUGUGAAGCUGUUGAAAUUAAACAAUGCGUUAAAGUAAUUAUUAAAUUACUAUUGGUAUAUGUGGUUUAAAACUUUGAAAAAUCUUGUAAAUUUUAAGAGUUGUCAUUUUUCACCCAACGGACACAUUGAAUUCUUGCACUGUAAUUGUAAAAAAUCUUGUUACAAAAUAGACCCAUGUAGAGUUGAGAAAUUAAAAGUUAAUAGAGUAUUGUAGAUUUUAACGUUUUACAUUUUCGCUUUGUAGGUGUUAUUUUGGUAAUGCCAGUUUCUUUCUGAUAUUUUAAUAAAGAGAAAUGAAAUGAGUAUUAUUUUUAGAGACAAAUUAUAUCUUAAUUAAGAAGUUGCGUGUUGGUAUAACUUCAUUUACUUAGACAAUAAGGUUAAAUGGA